GGAAACCACUACUAACUACUAAGGUAUCUGGAUCCUUUUCUCCAUAAUUUUUUGUCCUGAAAAUCCCUCAUACAAACCUCGAUUGUAACAUUGACCUUGAUCGUGCUCGUAGAUAGGUAAAUUCUUUUCUUGAGAAGAAGAUAUGUCUGUCAAAAUUGGGUCUUCAUUGUCCUCUGUUUGCACUGCUCCUUCGCCGUUUCAAUUCAAUAGAACCCCCGAGCAUUCUUAUAAAUCAAAUCCUUUGAGGUCUAUAUCAUGGAGAAAUGGUAAAAGAUCGACGAAAACUGUGGCAACUGUACAUUAUGUUGGUAAAGUUACCUCAUUGAAAUGCAGAGCCCUGACUAGUGGAGGAGCUCCUCUAGUCUCUAAGCAGAAGGUAUUUAAGAUCUUAGCUUUUAAAAGUAGUAGCCAAAAUGACUCUGGAUGCACUAGAUUCAAUGCCAUGGAUAAAUCUGUGAAUAAGCUUUCUUAUGGAGCCCAUGGGAGUGAGGUAACCUCAGUGGAGUCUUUUAGGGCACAGAAUCAUCCUGUUUCAUACACUUCUGAAAUAGUUGAGAGAACAAUAGAUGACACUCUGGCUAUACAGAAGCCUCUCAAACACUGGCUGUCAAUAUUGCGUACAACACCAUCAUCAGACCAAGCAAUCAGUGAAACUGUUGAAGAACAAUCUUCAACACAAGCAGUUGAAACCCAAAAGCUGGUCCAACAGAAGACGGAAAGAAGAAGUACUUUACAAGCAGUUUGGAGCUAUUUUAUAAGCCUGGAUGCAACGAUAAAGAUAAAUUUAUUGAUCUUUAUACCCUUUUGUGUGGCUGUUACUUCAGCUUAUGGAGCCGAAAUUUCAAAAGAGUUGAUGCCAUUAUGGAUUUUUGGACCAUUUAUCAUGUCUUUGUACAUCAAGAUGAUCCAAGCCAUCUCUGCACUUUAUGUGUUUUGUUUUGCUCAGACAGUAAAGGUUGUAAAGAAUCUUCCGACAUACUACUUAUUAGCUCAUGAUUACAUUCGUCAUGGGAAGCUCAAGGAAGAAAUGAGAGUACGCUUAUUGCAGCCCGUGGUCAGUAUUAAGAACACAGACUACAGAAAGGUGCUAAGGAGUUGGUUGAACGAUAUGAAGGUCAUUCUGGCAGAGAAGUAUAUCGACUUCACAGAAUCAAUAUGGCCGUUUUACUGCAGAAUGAUCCGAUUAUUGAAGCGGGCAAACCUUAUCUAGACUUGUGAUUUUGAUGUUGACGAUAAAGAGGUAUGAAUGUUGAGGGAUAUUUUAUCAUUUUUUUGUCUAUGUUUUUUGUAAUGUCACGAACUAAAGUUUCAGUUAGUUGGUUAGUUAUGGUGUAUUCAUUCAUCAGAUCCUGAUUAAGCUUAGGAGGCUGACAGUGAAGCUUCUUGUUGUACUAACCGUCAAAAGCUCCAACAAUUGAUCACUAGUUGUUUUCGGUUUCAUGAUUUUUCCAAAAUUUAUUUAGGUGUUCGGAGAGCCAAACUCUUUAUUGUUUGUUUGUGUGUGAUGCAUGGAUUCUUUUCAUCAAAUUAGUACCAUGUUUGAUAACCA